AUGUGGUCGUUACUACUUUUCGUUAUCAUUGGACUCCUUGGGUCAAACAAUUCAGUCAACGCUCUCAAUUGUACAGUUCUUCCAAAGGGAAAUCCAAAAUUUCCGAAAAACUUUAAAUUUGGUGUUGCAUCAUCAGCUUUUCAAAUUGAAGGCGGUUGGAAUGCUGAUGGUAAAGGACCUUCAAUUUGGGAUGAAUACAUGCACAAUAAUCCUGAUGCAAUUAUAGACGGAUCAAAUGCUGAUGAUUCAGUAGAGUCGUAUCGAUUAUUCGAUUUGGAUUUGAAAGCUUUGAAGGAUUUAGGGGUUGACCAUUAUCGUUUUUCCAUUGCAUGGCCACGAAUUUUUCCAAAUGGUUCCGUUCAUUUGAGAAACCAAAAAGGAAUCGAUUACUACAACGAUGUUAUCGAUAAACUUCUAGCAAAUGGCAUUGAACCAAUCGUCACAAUGUUUCACUGGGAAAUGCCCGUCGAUAUACAAAAGUUCGGUGGAUUUGCUAAUUCCCUCAUCGUUGAACAAUUCUUGGACUAUGCAGAAGAAUUAUUUAAUCUAUUCGGUGAUAGGGUCAAAACAUGGUUAACAAUCAAUGAACCAAAUCAGCUUUGUAAAUCAGGUUAUUCAAUGGCAUUGGGCCCACCUUUAAUUAGAGCUAAAGGCGUUGGGGAAUAUAUAUGUUUUACUAAUGUACUUAAAGCACAUGGUGCAACUUAUCGCAUGUAUCGAGAGAAGUUCUAUGAAAAACAACGUGGACGACUUAGUCUCCCUUGUAAUGUUAACUAUAUGUACUCUAAAACGAAUAGUACGGAUGAAGUUGCUCGUGCAAUGGAUUAUGAAUUUGGAAUACUGGCACACCCUAUUUUUAGUAAAUCUGGUGAUUUUCCACCAAUUGUACUGAAAGAUAUUGAAAAGAACAGCCUGGCAGAGGGCAGAAAAAAGUCUCGUCUUCCAAGUCUUGGUAAAUAUUGGACAUCAGUCAUAAAAGGUUCUUUUGACUUUCUGGCACUAAACUAUUAUACGGCAUGGCCAAUUGAAAGCUCAACUGAACCAAUUGGUGAUAACCCAUCAUAUGAGAGAGAUUCAAACUUUGUGGUUGGUACUUUUACACAUUGUCCGCAAGCAAAAUCAAAUUGGCUGCAAUUUGUUCCCCAGGGAUUGGAAGCUCUUUUAAAAUACAUUCGAGAUACAUAUGACAAUGUAGAGGUAAAGAUUUUAGAAAACGGUUGGUCAGAUGCUGGUGGAAAUGAUGAUUAUAUGCGUAUUGAGUAUCAUAGGAAUCAUUUGCAAGCUGUAGUGAAUGCUAUUAAUGAUGGCUGUAAUGUUACUUCUUAUGCCCCAUGGAGUUUGAUGGACUCCUUUGAAUAUCUAAAAGGAUAUACGGAAAAGUUUGGUUUCUAUGCAGUUAACAUGACAAGUCCGAACAAAGAACGUACACCCAAGAAAUCAGCAUAUUAUUACAAAAAAGUGAUUGAAACAAAAUCACUUCAUCAUAAAGUUUGA